GCGUUCCUGGGCGGGGCCUCGAGGCCGGUUUGGAAUUUUUGGCGCGAGCUGGGUCCGCGCGCGUUCACGGGCCGUUCCCCCUCGAGAGUCCCCCCAGCCCGGGUGUGGGGAGCGGUGGGCCGAAGACCCCGGCCCGCCUGACCGCCCCGAGGGCUCCCGCGCCUUCCGCUGACCCGGAAUCUGGGACUUUGCUGAGCUGCGCCCCGCCCACCCGCCUCAGGGUUUCCCCACGCCCACGGAGGUGAAUCAGCUUCGGCCCUGCCCUGGAGGAACUCACAGUCUAGUGCGGUAGACGGUGGUCAGCAGAUGGCAUCCUACCCACUGAGAGGGUGCUUGAGGUGCCGCGGCCUCCAUGCCUAAAGCGGAGCGUGUGUGUGGUGUCGAUGCGGCUGCCUUUUGCAGCCUCUUGGGGGCCACAGGACCAAGCGCCAUUUGAGUGACUCACCAUACUCUGCCUCCCGGGGCGCCUGUGCUGGACAUGCUCAUGCCCGCCGAGGGCACCCCGCCACCCCUGGGUGGCACCCCUGUCCCAGUCCCAGCCUACUUCCGCCAUGCAGAACCUGGCUUCUCCCUCAAGAGGCCCAGGGGGCUCAGCCGGAGCCUCCCGCCCCGGCCCCCUGCCAAGGGCAGCAUCCCCGUCAGCCGCCUCUUCCCUCCUCGGACCCCAGGCUGGCAUCAGCCCCAUGCCCGGCGGGUGUCGUUCCGGGACCAGGCCUCUGAGCCCCUGCAGAGCCCUGGGUAUGACCCAAGCCGACCGGAGUCCUUCUUCCAGCAGAGUUUCCACAGGCUCGGCCGCCUGGGCCACGGCUCUUAUGGGGAGGUCUUCAAGGUGCGCUCCAAGGAAGAUGGCCGGCUCUACGCAGUGAAGCGCUCCAUGUCGCCGUUCCGGGGCCCCAAGGACCGGACCCGCAAGCUGGCCGAGGUGGGUGGCCAUGAGAAGGUGGGGCAGCACCCGCGCUGCGUGCGGCUGGAGCAAGCCUGGGAGGAGGGCGGCAUCCUGUACCUACAGACGGAGCUGUGUGGGCCCAGCCUGCAGCAGCACUGCGAGGCCUGGGGCGCCAGCCUGCCCGAAACCCAGGUCUGGGGCUACCUGCGGGAUACCCUGCUGGCCCUGGCCCACCUGCAUGGCCAGGGCCUGGUCCACCUGGACGUCAAGCCAGCCAACAUCUUCCUGGGGCCCCGGGGCCGCUGCAAGCUGGGCGACUUCGGGCUGCUGGUCGAGCUGGGCGCGUCGGGAGCUAGCGAGGCCCAGGAGGGAGACCCCCGCUACAUGGCCCCCGAGCUGCUCCAGGGCUCUUACGGGACAGCAGCAGACGUGUUCAGCCUGGGCCUCACCAUCCUGGAGGUGGCAUGCAACAUGGAGCUGCCCCGUGGUGGGGAGGGCUGGCAGCGGCUGCGUCAGGGCUAUCUGCCCCCUGAGUUCACGGCUGGGCUGUCCUCUGAGCUGCGUUCCGUCCUUGUCACGAUGUUGGAGCCUGACCCCAAGCUGCGGGCCACUGCCGAGGCCCUGCUGGCCCUGCCCGUGCUCAGGCAGCCACGGCCCUGGAGUGUCCUGUGGUUCAUGGCCGCCGAGGCCCUCAGUCGAGGCUGGGCCCUGUGGCAGGCCCUGCUCUCCCUGCUCUGCUGGCUCUGGCAUGGGCUGGCGCACCCCGCCAGCUGGCUGCAGCCCCCGGGUCCACCGGCCACCCCACCCGGGUCGCCGCCCUGUAGCCUCCUCCUGGACCGCAGCCUCUCCAGCACCUGGGACGACGACAGCAUAGGGCCCUCGCUGUCUCCAGAGGCCGUCCUGGCCAGGGCUGUCGGCAGCACCUCCACCCCCUGCCGUGGCUCCCCUGCCCCCCGGAGCAGGCACACGCCGAGGGAUGCUCUGGACCUGAGUGACAUUGACUCAGAGCCCCCUCGGGGCACCUUCCCCGCCUUGGAACCUCGGAACCUCCUCAGCCUGUUUGAGGACUCCCUGGGCCCGAGCUAAGCCCACCGUCCCAGGCUCAGCGCUUUUAAUCUCUUAGCCCCUCUCUUCCAUCCUCCUGGAGGCUGGGGUCCCUGUGUGGACUCCAGUGGUCCCUUCUGCCUGGCUGUGUCUAAUAAAAGGUAUUUGAAUCUUGGGGCGCACCCAAGCUUGCUUGUGUGG